AUGGCCUCUCUUCUCCCAUCUCUCAUCCCACCUCUCUUCCUGCAACCCCAACCCUCCACCCCUUUUCUCCCACUCGCCGUCAUCCGCUCCCGCCCAGACAAGGUAGCUCCGAGCCAAGCAAGACAUGUCUCCCCCAACGUGGGAACGCCGCCCCACCCCCCUCUCGAUAGUCGCACCGCUGAGGCUGAGCUGGCACUCGCUGACGUGACAAGUGCUGACAUGGCAUUUUUGCGACUGGAAGGCGUGUUUGCAGCGUUCGGAGAGGAGCGAGUUUGGUCUGCACCCAUUGCCCAGUGGCCCACCGCCUCCUCCCGCUACUGCUACCGCUCCUUCCUGCUGGGUGGGGAGAAGCGGGAGGGCGUGGUGGGAUGCGGAUAG